UUUAGUUCUAAUAAUGGUAUAUGGUAUUUAAUAUCAUCAUAUGAAGGAUCAAUCAAUAAAAUAACAACAAAAUUUUCAAAUGAUAAAUACUUCAAUCAAACAUGUGGUGGAAUGGUUCGUUAUUUUAGUUAUUCUGAUGAUAUUGAAAUUCAUGAUAUAACAACAGAAUGUAAUCAUCAAUUUAAAAAAGAUGAAGAAGAUGAUUUCAAUUUAUUUAUUGUUACUACUACUAUAUCUUUAUCUAAUUAUAAUUAUCAUCUAUCAUUAUCAACAAAUAAUUAUAUUAUUAGAAAUAACUAUAAACCAUCAAAGACUCAUAGAGUAUAUACAUAUCCUAAUCAAUGGUUAAAAUAUGAAUCGUCAAAUCAAAUAACAUUCAAUAUUUGUAGAAAGAAAGAACCAUAUCAAAAAAUUGAAUUCAGUUUAACAAUUGAACAAUCAAAUGAAGGAACAACAUCAAUUAAAGAAGUAGAAAAUAAUGAUAAAUCAAUUUCAACAGUAAUUAUUUCUUCUUCAAAACCAUUAACUGAUUUAACUAAAGUUGAAUUUUUAGAAACAACAUCAACAAAGAAAAGUCAAAUAAUGAUUAUUGGAAUGAAAGGAAUAACAUUAGAUAGUAUUGGAUAUAAGAAUUGUAAUAUAUUGAUUUAUAAAGAAGAAACAAGAGAAUGUAUUGAAUGUGAAAAAGGAUAUUAUUUAAAUUCAACUAAAGAAUGUCAAUAUAAUUCACAUUGUAAUAAAAUAAAUGAACAAAAUCAUUGUAUUGAAUGUGAAUAUGGAUAUUAUCUUAAUUUAAAUACAAAAACAUGUGAAGAAUUCAAAAAUGGAUGUAAAAUUGGAAAUGAAACAUAUUGUUAUCAAUGUAAAGAAGGAUUUAUUAAAGAAAAUGGAGAAUGUAAAAAAAUUGAUAAUAAAUGUAAUAAAUCAGAAAGAAAUUAUUGUUUAAAAUGUUCGAAUGGAUAUAAAAUAGAAAAUAAUCAAUGUAAUGGAGAUAAAGAAGAUCAAUGUUAUUAUGAAGGAAAUAAAUGUGUAUCAUGUUCAAAUAGAUAUACAUUAAAUAAUGGAAAAUGUUCAAAUAAAGAAAAGAAUCAAAAUGGAAAGAAUGAAGAAAUAUAUUGUGAAAAUGGAAAAUACAUCAAUAAUAAUAAAUGUAUAGAAUGUUCAAAAUCAGAAAUAUGUCAAACAAAUGAUAUUGAAAUAAAAUGUAAAUAUGAAGAAUAUUUAGAUAAUAAUAAAUGUAUAAAUAAAACAUGUAAAGAAGAUAUGAUAAAAGAUCAAAAUGGAAAAUGUAAUAAUAAUAUUGAAUAUUGUUUAAAUAAAUCAUAUGUUAAUGGAAAAUGU